CGUUUCUCAUUCUCUGGUGGAAAUUAAUAAGAAAAGUCGACGAAGUGCAAAAAACGAGAAAAGUUUGUAAAAAAAUAAUUUUCAACUGGUAAAAGUUUCUUAAACUUGUGAAAUUGUUGUCAAAAUCGGCAGUAUCCGUAAAAGGGAGAAUAUAUCCAAUGAUAUUAUGGCCGCGGAGCAACGAGUAUUGAAACAGGAUGGCUAUUUGGAUGUGGGGAACGUCGAAGAAUCGCGUAAUAUCGCCUACCAUCCGCACUUGAAUGUAAUUCUUGUAUUUGACUCCAGCAAUCAAGUGAAAAUUCUCGAUGUACAUUCAGGAGUUAUAUUACAGACAUAUAAUUUGGGCGGAAACGACAUCGAUGGGAACGUGCAAGGAAAAUAUAUGCCUCUUCAGGAGAAAGUGCUUGUGUGGGAUGGACAAAAUUUAGGUUUACGUGGUGACUACAAUGGUGUUUUACUAUUGGAUACAAUUUUACAACCACCAAUUUUGCAAAAUGAUGAUUUUAUUAAAUUAGAAUUGCUGCUAUCGGAGGCAAUUAUUUUUCAGACAUGCCUAAAAGAUCUCGAGCAAGAAGGAUUGGAAUGUCCUAGUGAUGUUAGUAAUGAGCUAUUAGAAAAAAUUAAAAAUGCCCAAGCAAAUGCCAAAAAAGGAAUUAAAGCCCAGAGAUGGAACACAAUAUGUUUGGAAGUAUCAUAUUCCAGCUUGAAAUUAGUCGCAAACAAUGUAGUUAUCAUGCUGAAGCGAUUAGAACGCCACAUUCCCGCACUAGCUAUAGCAUCAGCUAUAAACGAACGACUCACUGAUCUGCUUGCAGGCUCACGUAUACCUGAUUUAAGUUGGCAUGGAAGCAACUUUCAGCGUGUCCUCAUGCAUUCAGAAGCUGUUCGCAGACAAACUUUUGAAAAAUGGCCACAUAUGGAUUACAAAUGGGCAUUACCAGAUCAAAUGGCACAAGCUGGCUUCUAUCAUCAGCCAUCGUCGUCUGGAGAGGAUAGAGCAAUGUGCUUUACGUGUAGCGUUUGUUUAGUUUGUUGGGAAAAAACCGACGAACCGUGGAGUGAGCAUGAACGACAUUCUCCAAUGUGCCCAUUCGUUAAGGGCGAGUACACGCAAAAUGUACCAUUAUCUGUGACAUACGCGACAAAUCCAGCAGUUCCAGCGCCGGGACUUGGUUUCGAUGUUAUAUCAAAUAGUGAUUACUCGAACGUUUUAUGCACCAGUUGUACACAGACAGGUGAGAUUACUGUCUGGAGUAUUGAACGUCAUCUGAAAAAGAUGCAUUCAUUCAACAUUGCCACAUUAAUGAAAGAUAUCUGCGAUGAGGGUUAUAAGUGGGCACGCGUAACAGCUAUUUGUGUAUUACCAAAUGCACGUGCACAAUACAAAAUAAACGCAAUGACUGCAACUCAGACAGGUGGAGGUGGAGGUGGGAGUGGAAGCGGUGGCGGAGUUGUUGGCAACAACAUUAGUAGCGUUGGUGCAAUGCAAUGUACUUCCACAUCCACUUUACGUGCCGGAGUAGUGGGCUCAAAAAUAGUACUAGGCAUGAGCAUUAGACAGAACACUGGUGAAUACUUACUGCGUAUGGUGGUGCUAAAUAUCGUUGAAAGUGAUCGUGUUUACGAGAGUGCCGGUAGUUGUGCUGGUGCGGGAUCCGGUAGUGGAAAAGCAAGUAUUAAUGGCAAUAGCAGUAUUGGUACAAGUAAAAAUUCACAGUUCACAAGUGGAGUCAGCGAUAAUUGUGGAGGAGGAGGCGAUGGGAAUAAUAGCGAGAAGUUAUGUGACAAAUAUGACCAACGUGAUGAUGAAAACAAAACGUUAUCUUCGGUAUUUGAGAAGUAUGCGGAUGGUUUUGACAGUAAUGGGUUUGUAUCAGAAUUAUUGGCUUUAAAGAAAAGUGAUAAUGUUGUUGGUGAUAAAUCUGGCACAUCUGCACUAAACGAAUUGCUAGAGAGUGAACUUAUCAAAAUUGAUCAGCUCUGCGAUUUGAGUGAUAUAUCACAACUAUUAGAUAAAUCUCAUGAUGGAGGAAACAGUAAUGAUAUCGGGGUCGGAAUAGGAGUCGGAAAUGAUGUUUCGUUAAAUGCAAAUGAAAUUGAAAUGGACUCCAAUUAUUUUAAAGAAAAUUUACUAGCAGCAGCACAAGCCGCACAACAAAAUAAUGCCAAUAAUAAUAAUGGUCAAAAGAGCAGUAUCAACGGAAACAGUAAUGGUAAUACAAUCCUUCAAAAAUUAACUGUAAGUGAGGAUAUCGAUUGCGUGGUGGAAAGCUGUACGAGUGUACGACGAAUGAACGCGAUGGUGUCAGAUAACGAAGAGUGCAGUGGCGCUGGCGGACACAUUCCCAGUAAUCGUCGUGAAAUUAUUGAAAUUGCCGAAAUAUUACCAGUAAAUGGCAAAUGUAAUCAAUUACUAGUAAAAUUGAUGAAAACAAAAGCCCCUAAUGAAACGGCCAGUAAAAUGAUAAUGGCAAAUAUGGAUAUUGAUUUGGAAGAUGAAAGAAUGGAAGAUCACUCAGAUUUUAAUUCAGAAACAGUAGCAGCGCAGCUAUUGCUUUUUGAUUACGUCGAUUCAAUGAUAUCAAACGAAUACACUUUGGCAAUAAAUUUUAGUCGAGCAAAGUGUCCACAACAGUUGUGUAUUUUGCCAAGCUUUCAGGCAUCAGGUUUUGAUCAUAAUAACUAUUUAGAUACUGGUGCGCUCUGUGUCGUUUGUGCGGAUGGAAGCAUGGAAAUUUAUUCAUUAACGGAUUUUCAACCCAUCACAAUUGUUGAAGAAGAUGGUGAACAUUUUGUUUCAGUUGCUUAUUGCCGUAGCUUAGAUCGUCUGUGCGGAUGUACACGUAGUGGUUCGUUGAUAUUUUAUUCUCUUAAUGACACAGAAAACGAAUCUGGAGAUGAAAUGUUAGAAAUGGAUGAUGAUUGCAGUGCGACGUUACCGAGUUCACUGACAACAAUUCCAAGUGGUAGUAAUUUCUCUAAUAUAUGUGUGGGAAGUGAUAGUACCGAAUUGUCGACAACAUCUGUCACAGUACCAGAUGGGUUAGUCAGAAAAGUUGUGGGUACAACAGUAUCCAAAUUAACUAGAUCAACAUUAGCUAACGGUAGCGAAUCAGUUGGUGGUGAUACUUUAUUGAAUACACCUAAUAUUAAAGUAGAUUGCAGUGGUCCUGGCUCCAGCAGUAAUACUAAUGGAAAUUGUGUAAUUAACAACAAUAAUUUCUCACAAUCAUCACCUUCGCCCUCAACCUCUUCUAUCAAUGCAAACAGCAGCUCGAAUUUGCUGGCAUACAAAACAAGCGAUCUUUUGCUGGAAGAUUUACGUUCUCUGUACGAUCUAACUCAGUUCGACGAUGUACUAGCCUUGUAUACUGCAGAAGUGCCUAGUUGCUGGAAUGAUUUAGUGCAAGCUCAAAAACAACGCAAGCAACCGCAACAUUUGCGUCAUGGCGAUGAUACGCAAUUCACGAAAACGUGGCGCCUACAUAACGAUGCAACUACUUGGGAUGAGCACAUAAUUGAAUUGAAUCUGGUGCAACCAGUUAGCUUGGGACAUAUUGAUUUAAAGUUUUCACUUUAUCAACAGUGUCAUAAUCCCGCUGCAAUUCAAGUAACAUUGCUGAAACAGAAUACCAGCGGCUUUGGUUAUCGUAUGAAAGGUCCCCAUCUCAAUUAUAAACAGUCUACCAUGGAUGACAAUAUUGAUUUGUCUUUUAACAAUUAUGAUGGUACAAAUGAUAAUCCUGUUUUGAGUGAAGAAUAUUUGCAAACACAUAAUGCUGAAAUACUCGCGGGUCCCAUUGAGUUGUCCUCAUGCAUUGAUCUUUGCGACCAAGGUGGUACCGUUACACUAACGUCCCCAAAACUAUUUAAGACACGUACUCGCAAUUUUUUACUUCACAUUAAAACUAUGUCAGAUCCAGCAAAGGAGGGUCAAAGUAAGACGCGUGUACCUGUCCGAAAAGGUGGAAUUAUGCGUUUACCGUUAUCAUCGUCAUUUACCGGCAGCACAACACAUAACUUUAUGACAAACAAUACCUCUAGCUCAAAUACAUCCGCCACCACCAGUUCUUUUCCGUCAAGCUCAUCAAAAUCACGUUUUGAUUUUUACAUUGGCUGUGAUUGGUUGCACGAGAUCUCUAUCAACGUUCGGGGUGUUAAAACACAAAAUCGUAUUCCAAAUGAACGCCUGCAGCGAAUAGCUAUGCUGGAGAGCAAUAUUUUACUUGACAAUUUGUUUAGAAUUUUAAUUAAAGAAGAAUCUUCAAUAUUAGAAAAGAAUCUUGCUUUGGACAUUCUUACGUGGAUAUGUUUUAUUCGAUUAAAUCGCUUUCGUUCGCCAAAAUCUGAACGCAUCAAAGGACAAAUCAAUAAAACUACGGCUUCAACAAAUACAGAUUUGAUGGCACAACAAUUCGAAUGUAUUUGUCUUUCAGAGAAGUAUCUUGAAAAUAUGUUGAGAAACUGUAUCAUACAUAGCAAUCGCACAAUGGCACACAAAUGUGUUAAACUCAUUUUAAUUUUAACUGAUGGCAUCUGCAGUCUUCCCGUUGAGAUACAGUCACAUUCCACGCUUGACGUUGCCAUUAAGGACGCUGUAGCAAAUACAUUUAACGAGUUACCACGUGCCAAAUUUGCCAGCGUGGUGCGAUGGUAUGCAAUGUUGGCUUGUGCAACUUCCACUUUGGAGUCACAUAAUGGUAUAUCUGAAUUAUGCGUCAAAUUACUUACGGAAAUUGCGAAAGAAAUCGAAGUGCGCUGGGAUCCUUAUUGUUCUUUACUAAGCACAAGAUUUGGUCUUUAUGGAUUCCCAUUCGAGCCUGAAAUAUUCGAUUACGAUCUGCCAAAUAUAAAUAAAAGCAACGUAACACUGCCAACGUCUCUAAUGAACAUGAUUCGUUCAAACGCUGGUCUUAUGCAAGCAGCCGGUUUGGAUAUAAAGAAACUUUGUUCCAUUGAUGGUGUUGAUUUUCGCACAUUUCCACAUUUGAUUAAAUGCAAGAGCGUUAGCAAUCAAUUGCGAGGCUUAUUAGAGGUGGAACAAUUGCAUUACACAUGUGCUUCGACGUCGGAGGCAACACGUAUCGACAAUAUGGAUACGGUUUCGGCCAGUAGUGCAUCAAACAUUAAUAUGGAAGAGUUGAUAGUGGCGCCGAUGGUAGACAUGCCAAAAGAACAGGAUGGCUACAAUGUCAAUGAUAUUGUGUACAAUGUGGACAAGCAAAUGAAAGUAGUCAACAACAAGAAAGUGGAAAACGAUGUAGUUGUAGCAGAAGUAAUGAAGCCGAACGGAAUAUGUACUUUUGAUCCAACCAACGUCACAAUUCUAAAUGACAAGAUUAAGUUCAACUGUAUGCCUUUUUUGCCGAAAUUCAAAGCCAUCUGUCAGUAUAUAGAGUAUUGCGACGAGAGUUUGCAAACUUCCUCUGCCAAUAACAACAGCAUCAACUCGAAUUCAAGCGUUAGUCUAGCCGGCAACUCAGAUCCGAAAAUCAGUGAGGCUGGAGGUAAAGCUAAAACCAUGUCAAAGGAAAUUGCGUAUGAAAUUACACAUCAAGAGGAAGAAUUGCAACAAGAAAUUAAGCAACAGCAAGAACAACAACAGCUUAAUACACAAGUCUUGUCGUCGCAAUCGUUGUCUGCUGCCCAACAACAACAACAACAGCAGCGCGUACAAGAUAAGGGCAAAUCUCAAACGUCCAACGCUACAGCUCCUGCUAGCGACAAUUCGAAUGCCAAUGCCACAAACAUUUUUGCUUGGCAUAAAUUACUGGCACCACCGCCAAAGCAAAUGGUAGUUAUUGAUCGAAUGCAUUCUGGAGCACGUCGUUUUGUUGUGUUAGACUUCGGUUCUCCAAUUUUGCUAACUGAUUUGGUUAUACCUGCAUGUGAUGAGUUAGCAUCGUUACACAUAGACAUAUGGUGCUUCGAUGAGGAGGCUGACAUUGUACGUUUGGUAGUCGCAUCUGAUAUAAGCACAAAGACUUUGGUUUUGAGUGAUAUCCAACCGCCGCCCAUAUGUCGCUACAUGAAAAUCACAAUAAUAGGACGCAUUGGCAUGUCCGCUACGAAAUGUAAAAUUCCAAUUGGAUCAUUUUUUGGACAUGCCGUUGUUUUAGAACAUGACGGUUACGGCGAUUCGUUACUACGUUUUAUGAAGCAACCCACCCAAAGUAUACAAGGUCAGAUAAAGGCGCUGACGUCAUUAUAUGAAGAUGUGCAUUGCCGAUAUAGUUUGGCUAGUUGCAAGCUUAUUGAGUUGCUAACACCAAUUCUCAAUAGCGAAAUGUCAAAUGUGGCCCAUAUGCAAGCUUUUAUUCAUAAACAACGUGAAGAAGACGCCAAUGUGGUUGACAAUAGUAAAGUGGUUGCCAUUUACGAGGAAUGCAUUCUAUUGCAACAUCAAAUAAAUAUUAUACGAAAUGUUAUUGGUCGGUUGGAGAACUCUUUGCCAACAGCGGCAUUCACUAAUCUUACUGCAAAAGUACCCGCCAGUCCAUUGACAAGCACGAAUUUCAACAAUAUUCUGCAGGCUGCUUCCCGUGACAAGCUCCGAGUUUUAGGACAAAGUUUGGUCGAAAUUUUAUUGCAUUUUUCCAUCGAGUACGGCAUAAAGAAUAUUUUACCAGUUCAUCAGUUAUUUACUAUGGAUGUUGCAAAUAUGCUUUUCAACUCCUUGGUAGUGUAUGGUGAUGCGCAUAUUCAAUUGGCGACUUGCUCAUUGUUGGUGCGCAUGUGCUGUUUUCAAAGUUGGUGGGGCGAUUUCUUAGCGGAUAUCUUUUGCAACUUGUUCUCUUCACAGAACAGUAAAAUAUUUCCACAAGAUCGCAUAUUCUUCCUAUUGACAUACUUGGGUAGACGUAGCAUUGCAAUGGGCACUUGCCGAUCAAUUGUAAUCGACGCAGUGUUGAAAACACUAGCAAAACUGUUGGCACCAAUAUCACCCCGCUAUCAGGAAAGAGAAGCAACUGCAUCACAAAUUGAAACAAAUGAUGGCAGUGCAGGCGCUAGUUCUGGUGGCUUGUGGUCGAAAUCAGAUUUGCAGUUAAUAACAUGGCUAUUACUAUUCUUAUCUGUGUGCUUGGAUGAUAGUAAUGAGCGCAAAGAUAAAUCAUCGAGCCGAUGGGACUUCAUGAGCUGUGAGACUGAUUUCACCAAGACACGUUCUCAAUCUACAAAUACAUCUGGAAAACAAUUGCGUUGCUUUAAGAAACGCAUCGUACAACAAAAUAAAUACAGUGUACAACCUUAUACAGAUUGGGGUAAAAAAAUAUUUAUGAUCCAAAAUGAGCACCCCGGUAUUUUCAUGGAAAUGACGGGUAAACCAAAGCCAAGUAAAACCAACAAGGCCAACAUUGCACCGAAAGUAGCAAAAGAGACUACGCAAGAACCUGAAAAUAAUUUUGACAAAGGUUUGAAAACGAUUCGUUUGAAUAAUAUAUUGAUCGUUAUUCGUGGUCUAAUUGCUUUAUUGCUGGAAAUGGAUUUUACAUGCAAUAUGGAUCAAUUUCUAUUAACGUGCAAGGUAAUUGCUCGACUUGUGUCUGCCUGCCGUCCAGCAGUUCAGCUUUCGAAAAUAAUUACAACAACGCAAUUGGAGCAACUCAUUCGACAAGCGGUUUGGAAUGACCAACAACAGCCUUGGGCUGUGCAUGCGAUUACAUGUUUGUUGCAGGAUCUACUUGAUGCCGAUAAACACUUCAAGGACAAUGAUGAGGGAAUACAAGAAACAAAGGAUAUAUUUUCUGAUUAUUCAAACUACAUGGCUAUGAAUUCUCAGCUACAAUCGACCGGAAAUGAUAUACAAUAUCCUGAUGUAGGCGUAAAAUAUUCUUAUCUGCCUUCGUUGAUUGAGUGCGAUGAUACCGAAUUCGAUGAUAUAUUCAAUGACAUUGACAUUAUCGAAAGAUCCAAAACAGUUGCAAAGAAAGAUAGCAAUGCCAUUAAUAAGAAUACUUUUAACUAUUUCUGCAAAUCCAUAUCCAGUGCUAUGGAUGCACGCUUAGAUGUUGGCCUCGAUAUCAAUGUGGAAAUUCAGCUGCGCCGUUUAACCAUGGUUUCAUCGUUGGACAUGUAUUCAUCUUUACCACAAAUAUUGGCAAAUGAAUUCAUUACCACCCCGCCGGAAGCAACUGUUUGGCCAGAGUACAUUACCGAUAUCUGGUCUAGUCCCGAGUAUAGUGGUGACCAAAACACAUACAAAAUGUUUAAGAAUGUUUUUGAUUGCAUUUUUGCACAUUUACAUUUACAAGACACAUGGGUACAUCUUGAGCAAGUUUUACAAAUGUGGUUGACUCUGAACGGUGAACUGUCUGACAAACCGUAUAAUGCUGGUAUCACACAAACCGAUAUACCCAAGAUACCGUUUGGAGCUCAUGCCGUGCAAGGACUCUUACUUGCAUUGGCUUGGCAUAACGACAUUAAGCUUCGUACAUGGUGUCUUGGUUUUCAAUGUUUGUUUUUGGCGUGUAAUUCGCAAGCUCUGGGUGAUGACGACAUCGAUUCAACUCGAAUUAAUGAAGUUAUUGUUAAUGAUGAAAACUUCGAGAAAAUGCUAUUACGUUUCUUUUCCGGUUAUGGUAUGAGCUCGUCCAUUAUCACUAAUCGAUGUGCUGGUCCUACAAUUUGCAAGAACUUGCAUGAGCUACUGAUGUGGUUGCAUAAAAAGAGCGAAAGCAGUGCACUAACAGUCGUUUCGAACAGGCGUAAACUAAAAGACACAUUACUACAUGUAAUACUGCAGUUGGUUCAACCGGGAGGUGCAAUUGCCAAUCAACAAGGUCCAAUCGAUGCUCAAAGUCAGUUGGUACGUGAUCUGUUAUUAAUACCAACUGACAAACCCGAUUUGAACGUGUCCUUAAAUAUAAUCGAAAGUGUCUCUUUUUUGGUGUACAAUAACAUAUCUAACGGCGACAAAUUACAAUGCCAACGUUCAUCCGAUUGUAAUAAUGCAACAAGUACAUUCAGUAAUCUUUUCGCAAAUGUACUAGGGUCAGAGAACACUAAACAGAAUACCACACUCUCUGAUAACUCUCUCAUAAUUAGUUUAUUGAAACUUUCAUCAUCAUUGGCGGAAACGGAACUGCCGCGGCAACCUAGUGAGGUACCUAUUCCUGAAGAAGAGGAAUUGUCAAAUGAAAGUCAAACUGACGAAACCAAAGCUGAGCAAUUAAAUAUUGAUGGACAUCGUCCAAAAACUCCAUGUAUAGCUGAUACAGUUUUGCGACAUUUUCCUACAAUGAAACGUAUAUUGGGUUCGUUAUCACAUUGCUCAAGUUCAUCGUUUACAAUAAUGGCUUCGUCAUCGAACUUUUUACUAGAUGAACCACAAAGUACAGCUGAUGCAGUUUUUAAUUUACUCAUUACUUUAUAUGAUAAAGCGUCGAAUCCGCGUCUCAUUGUUGCUUCAAUUUGUCAAUAUCUAGAAUCCAGUACGAUUCAACUCAAUUCGUUUCCACGAUUGCAGUUAUCAGAGCCAUUUUUAUGGUAUAUUUCGAAAGUGUUAGAGGUUUCUUGGGCCGUGCAAAUUUUCACUCAACUGGGAGGCAUAAAAAUAAUAUGCCAAAAUUUGGUGCGACUGAAUAAGAUUCUUAUUAACAUGCAGCCUGGAUUGAUUUCCUUAAUUAUGCAGCAUAUGACCAAAAAUAGUAAAUUGAAACUACACUCACGCGCUUGUGUAAACGGUAAUAGCAAAAAAGGAUCUUCUUCAUCCAGUUCUUCUCAGAAUCAACGUCAUUUCCAAGAUGGUCUAAUCAAUUUCGCACCAUUUUGUACCAUAUCUGCUGAGCACGAUACUGCACAUUCAGCCGAUAUUUUAAUUAUGAAUCCUGUGGCUUCACAUAGGCGCCCUCGAACACCAGCUUGGAGUUAUAUGUUUUAUCCUAACGAAUCGCACGUUGAUUUGACAAUUACAUUGCCGACAGCUAUAUUGUUGAAGGAAGUCCAACUACAGCCACAUGCCCCAACUUUAGCGUCAUGUCCAUUCGCGGUGGCUUUAGAGAUUUCACGUGAUUACGGUUUGGGUCCGAUUCCUGUAGGACCACCGCUGACUACCACGGGUAUGACUUGCAUACGAUUGAAGUUGGCUAAGCCUGAAAUAGCAACAAGUGUUGUACUACGUUUGUAUAGGCCAAAGGACAGUUCUAACAUUGGUCUGUCACAAAUAGCCAUAUUGGGCAAUACCAUCUUUGCAUUUAACUCCAAUUCACUAAGUAAUAGUGCAAGUGGAAGUAACGGCGUUGGUGGCGGUGUUGCCGGGAGUGGUAUUUUCAAUGUAGAACCAAAUAAUGAUGAGGAUUCUUUAGCAAAAACGAGUGUUGGUUGGAUGCGUAUACUCGCCCGUUGCUUUAAAGCACCAGCCAUUUUAUACGACGAAAAGUUGGCUGCGGAUGUGAUAGGAGCAUCAGCAGCCUAUCCAGGUUUUCUAGAAGCCUGUUGCUCUUUGAUGAACAUAAUGCCCAUGAUACCAAAUGCUGCAUUACAAAAUCUACAUACCGUUCUGCUGAAACUGGGUGCCUAUAAUAGGAACUUAUGCUUAUCCAUAAUUCGAAUAUUGCUCUGGGGCACAUCACCACAAACGUAUAAACUGUCAAACGAAAGCAUUUGUAAUCUUCUAUAUGAAUUGGCUACAGCAAGAGAUGAUUAUAUUGUGGAUAAAAUUCAAGUACUGCUUGAGUGGAUCAUAAAGCUUAGGCAAAAUUUCAGUAAUCGCACGUUGCGCUGUAAUAACCCCCAAAGUGGUUUCGUUAAAUGUGUAUCUUCCAUUUUGUGGACGGUGCACACGGAAAACCAUGUAUCGAAUUUACAAGAAUUAAUUACCAAUGAUUUAUUUGAUGCGUGUAUGCAUUGGAUUGACACGUUGGAGAAUGAAGAACCGCUGAAAGUUGCUUUUGAUUCUUUGCUAUGCUCUCUUUGUUGUAUUAAACCAGAGCUUUUUAAUCAGCUCAUAGCUAAAGUCAAUGUUAAAGUACAACAGAGUAAUGAAAUGGAUAGCAACGGCUCUAGCACGAGUUCAUCAGUGGCUGCCCAGCCGAGCGUUCGGAAUACUGGCAUAAGUGGAGGAUUGACUGAUGAUAAUAAGGGUCAAAGCGGUAGUGUUUGGUUUGCCAGCGUUGCUGCAGAUAAUUUAACAACAUUGUUACAGCGACCGACUUAUUUAGCCACUUUGGCCAUGGCUUGUCAAUCUCCUUCCGCCGUAUAUCAACUGGUCGAUUCUGGUUUGCCAAAGUUAUUAGCGUAUGCUUUGUAUGAAUAUUGUAGUGCUUUAUUAUCGGAUGUGAGAGGAUGUGCUAUGCAAGCGCCAGCAAGCACUUCAGCUGCGGGCACCGCAAUGAACGCUUCAACAUCUAGCUCCCCUGGUGCACAACCACCGCCAAGCACAUCAAGUACAUGCCUAACAGAUGCUGAUAAAGCAGAAUGUGCAGAUGAUAAAUAUUCGGUGAUGAAUGAAGUAUUUGCGCCGCUACUCAAUUAUAAACAUGUACCGAAAAUAUUGGACUUUUUUACGGAAUGCUGUGCCGAGGGUUAUAUGCGUGAUUGGUUAGGUACACAGCAAGGUGCUAUAUUCUGGAAACCCCUGUUGGAAUUAUUAUGCAAUUAUCGUCCCAUGGAGUAUGUUGGUGAGGAUCCAAUGCAGCAGGCUUUUAUACGCAUGGAGCGCGCUACCAUAAACUUCUUUACGCGUGUUAGUGCAUGUCAUCCGAAAAAUCAAGACACAUUGACCGCACUAUUGAUCGCCGUAAUUCGUAGACCCAUGCAAGGACUUGUGAGCGGGAAAACCACAAUAUCUGGAUUUACAAGACAAAUCGUAUUACAAUUACUGUUAGAGAAUGAGCGAAUUUUAGUAUCAGUACGCAGUAAACAACCAUUGCAGAAACGAGAUUCCUCUGCUUUGUCAUGUGGGUCUACAACUAACACCACCUCUAACAGUAGUGUAACAAUGUCUUUGGUUAAUCACCAUCCAUCUAAGCGUGUUAACGCUCAUCAUUUGCUUUUUAGUGUGAGUGCAAAUACGAAAUGUCAGGAGAUAUUACAGAAUUGUAUUUCUGUCUACAGUAUUUUAUUUUCCUCCAUGCUAGCAGAAUCUCGAUCGGGGGAAAACUGUGGUGGAGCUUCGAGUGGUGUGAUAAACGUUAGUAAUACCGGUAAUAGUGAGGUUAACAGUAAACAUGACACCGAUAAGUCAAAAUGCGAUGUUUAUGAAAGUAUUCCGUUUAAUUUCAAUGGAUUGGAAAAUGGAAUGGAGUUUUUAAGUGUGGCGGCUGGUGUCACAGCGAAGGAUAAACGAAUCAAAGAUGUAAAAAAUCAAGCUGCGGCAAAUAAAGAAAACAAAGACUUGUUCCCUAAUUUUCCAAAAUUCUUGAGCUUUGAAGAUUUUUUGGGGCCGUCAAAUAGUUCCAGCAUUGGUAAUUGCUCUCAACUAGUGCAUCCGGAUUGCCCAGAAGUUAUGCUAACAAGUGAUACGACGAUUUCGCAAAUACUCGCCACAUUACAUAAUCGGGGACAUUCUUUGUCAACACCCUGCAUAACGCUGAAUUUGAUGCCGGUCAAGUCUGAUGCGAGAGAAGAGUCAGUGAUUAAAGCAUCUGAUGUUGAACCUCUUUCUUCGCCAUUGCAACGUUUCUCAACCCGAGGUGGUUUGUCAUUGCUUGCCCAAUAUUUGCCCACUGUGUAUCCAGACAGUGCAGGACGUAAAACACCUACCGCAUUGCCCGAAAAAGAAAAGAGCCCACCAAUGACGGACUGGGUUAAGCUUGAACCGAAUGAUGAAAUAUAUGAGGAUUUAGAAGAUCCAAUAACUGAAACAACUUCUAAACAUACCACGAUUACGUCUGUGCCGCAGCAUUCCUUGGCCGCCUUUGGACUCUUUUUACGUUUGCCACCCUACUCAGAUGUACUAUUACGUGACAAAGUACGUGCUCAGUGUCUUUUAAGACUUGUUCUGGGUGUUACUGGUGACGGUGAAGGAAAUGAUAUAUAUAGUUUGUCCGUAGCACCUACACUUCCGACAUUGCCGUUUGAGGUAUUCCGGCAAUUACUGGACAACUCACCGCUGACCACUGAUGAUGGUUUGCUGUUACGGCGUUUAGUUAUAGAAGUGGGUGCAAUGCAUUUGGUUUUAAAUUGCUUAGGUGUAUUUACUCAUCAAUCGCAAAAUUAUCAAAUCACAAGCCCCCAGAAUGAGUCUUCUACAAGUGGUAUUAGAACAACAACAACAACUAAUAACGUCGAUGACUCGUUGGGUACAUCCGAUGACAAAGGCCAUAUGUAUUGGGCGAAAGGAACAGGUUUUGGUACUGGUUCAACUACGCAGUCUUGGAAUGUGGAGCAAGCAUUGUUGCGGCAAAAAAGCGAAGAAGAGCAUGUAACAGUGUUAUUACAGGUGCUUUCCAGUUAUAUAAAUCCUGGAGACAGAAUUCCCGCCGCAUUACAAUCGGAUGAGAUCAUGUUAUACCAUGAAAUAACCGAAGUACCCGGUGAACUGCCACCUUUAUUUCUGGUAUUACUGCAACAGUCAUGCCUGAUACCCGCCUUGAGUUCCUACUUGCGAAAUGAUUCCGUAUUAGAUAUAACCAGGCACAUUCCUCUUUAUCGCGCCAUAUUACAACUGCUUAGGGCAUUGUCUCUUUCACCGGAACUAGUAUCACUGCUGCAGCCGCCGCCAAACAAAAGCGAAAGCUCACCAGCUAUUGUUGAACUACUUUUAAAUAUGAAAACUUGCGUAGAUACAUACGCAAAACGCUUAAAGGUGAAUAAGAAAUCCAAUAUAAAGGGUCAAACACAGCAGGUGACUGUCAACAUUGAUGACGGAGAUGACGAGGGUCUUGCAUUACUCAUACCCGAUAUACAGGAAACGACGGUACUGGUGCAAAAGACAACUAAUGCGGAUGCACUUGCCAACCAGCAACGCAUAGAUCGAGAAACAGGUGGAAGUAGCAGUGGUGCGAGUAUUGAGCGAAAGCCUCAAAGUAAGUCAAUAGAACAAAGAUAUUUGGAGGUAAUGAAGAAACUCCAAUUCGACACUGCGGAAAUGAUUGUGGAAGCAGAAAAUAAUGGCUUCCGUUUCGCCAUUUCACAUCAUUUUGAAAAGAUGGUGCGAAUGGCUGGUGAUCGUUAUCACCCAUCUCGGGUGAAGCGUCUCGCUCAGGAGGCUGUAACGCUCUCUACAAGUUUGCCAUUGUCUUACAGUAGUUCCGUCUUUGUACGCUGUGAUACCGACAGACUAGAUAUUAUGAAAGUAUUGAUUACUGGCCCUGCAGACACGCCAUAUGCGAAUGGUUGUUUUGAGUUUGAUGUUUUCUUUCCGCCUGAUUAUCCAAAUCUCCCAAUGAUGAUAAAUUUGGAAACAACGGGCCGUCAUUCAGUGCGAUUCAAUCCUAAUUUAUACAAUGACGGCAAAGUUUGCUUAUCUGUUUUAAAUACCUGGCAUGGUCGCCCAGAAGAGAAGUGGAAUGCGCAGACCUCCAGCUUUCUGCAAGUUCUAGUGUCCAUUCAGUCAUUAAUUUUAGUGCCCGAACCAUACUUUAACGAACCUGGAUUUGAGCGUAGCCGAGGCACACCGAGUGGCACACAUUCAUCGCGUGAAUACAAUAGCAACAUUUAUCAAGCGUGCGUACGAUGGGCUAUGCUGGAGCAGAUACGUAAUCCCAGUCCUUGUUUCAAAGAUGUAAUUCAUACUCAUUUUUGGCUCAAACGCAAUGAAAUAUGCGCGCAAAUUGAAAGUUGGAUUGAGGAGCUAAGCAAACCGCAAUAUAGUGAACGAAAUAGUCGUACCAUAUCAUUUAAUUCCAUGGUAUUACGUCGCCAAUAUCGUCACUUACGUGAAGAGCUUGCAAAACUCAAAGUGCCGGAGGGUUUGGAGGAUCUCGAUACACCUUUCAAUCCGAACGUUAACCUGCCUGCAAUGGCUGAAACUACCAGUGCGACUAAUGUAACUAACACUACGACGACUACAACUGCUGUAGCAUUAACAAACCCAACCAUUUCCAAUGUAGUGAUUGAUCUUAUGGAUAGAAAUACGAUUGAAAACUGGAAUGGAAACCUUAGCUGUACUGAAACUGCUGGAAAUGAAGAUAAUAUUGUAAACGAAAACAGCGGCAGUGACAACUCUAUUACGCCUACCCCCGCUGGUAGUAGUAGUAGUAGUAGCAAUAGUAGCAAUACGAUUGCCACACAAAUGUCUGCACCAGAUGCAUCUGUUAUUAAUGAGCAGCAUAAUAUUCCAAAUCAGUCCACAUCUUCAUCUGCAUCUACGACACCCAUAGGUCUGACUACAUUAUUGCGGCAAAGUAUGCCAGUGUCAAUGUUGGUUGACGUCAGUAAUGAUUUCAAUGAUAUGAGCGAUGCGACCAUGAUAAUACCGCCUCAGCCGGCAGUUCCGUCUCCGGUUACGGCCAAAGUAACCACCGUUGAAGUGGCAUCAACACAAGCUAGUGAAAAUGACGAAGCCAAUGACGAGAUUCAGAUCGAUUCCAACGAAUAUGACUACAAUGCCGAUCUGGUGCAAUCUCUAUUUUUCAACGAUGAUUCACAAUUUGAUAAUUCCAUGGAAUAGACUCGAGAACUAUUUAGCGGAAGUUAGAGGAUGCAUGGCUCAUAUUUGUAGUUGUGGUAGCAACGCCCAAUGUAUGUGCUUUAUUUGAAAUCAAUUUUUAAGUAUGUGUGUGUGUUAUCCAAUUAUUUCUACUAUUAUUAAUUUUAUUAAAUCACUUUUAUAAAAUCAAAUAAAACAGAAAUCUUUUGUUUAUAUAUAAUUGUGCGGUUUUAGCAAUUUGUUGCAAACAAAUGAAUUGUCUCUUUUACUUUAAAUAAACUGUAUUCAAUCAAUCCCUAAAA